AUGCACCGCCUCGUACUUCGAUCUGCGCGCCCCGCGCCGUCGAACGCCCUGCUCCGCCUCGCCCGUCUCGACGCCGCGCCCGCCCGCGGCUACCUCCGCCCCUGCGCGUCCUGGGCCCAGAUCAACAGGGACAUGCCCCACCGCGGCUGCGUCCUGUGGUCGCCCGGCGAGGCCGCGGUUUCCGCUGCCGAGACACCCGGCCCGUGGGCGACGCUCGACAUUGAGGGCGCCAAGUACGAGGGCAAGAUGCCCGUCCACGACCUACGGCGGCUUCUCGGCGACGACCACCUCGCGCGGUUGCGGGCCGAGCCCGCCUUCGCCGACAGCACCCUUCUCGUGCUCGGCAAGCGGCGGACCAUCCCGGCGCAGCUUCUGCUGUGGAAGUUGCAGGGCUACCUUGCCGAGUAUCCUGGUCGCGACGAGGCCGAGGCGGACUGA